AUGUUUGGCACAAACUACAUUCCGGUGCGGAGGACGGAGAUCCACGACGGCUCGCACUUCCAGUGGAUGAUGGCCAACGGCAUCCUUGCUGUCGGCACCGCGGCGCAGCUGGCUUACGGCGGCGGCGUGCUCACGCUCGGCCUCGUCGGAGGCGCGCUCUGGUCUAUUUCAAACUAUUUCGUACUGCCCGUCGUCAAGCUGCUCGGGCUCGGCGUCGGCUUCUCUCUCUACCACGUCGUCAACCUUGUCGUCGGGUAUGCGGUGGGUCGGUACGGGCUCUUUGGCACGCCCGUGUCCCACCUGGCAUCGCCCGAGCUUAGCGACGCCUCUAUCGGCAUCCUCGUCCUCUCCUUCGCCUUCAUGAUUGCGGUCGAGCCAAGCAUGGAGGACGGCGAGCCAGACUCUGCGGUCGAGCCAAGCAUGGAGGACGGCGAGCCAGACUCGUGGGAGGGCGAGCAGCGCUGGCCAGCGGUGGCGCCGAGUUCGCGCGGCACAGACCUCGCCGUCGAGGAGUCGUCCCCAUACACGCGGCUGGGAGGCCUCACGACGACGGGCGGCGCGCGCCUGCCGCAGACUCCCACGCCCGCGGCCAUCGACAUGACGCGGGCCGACUCGUGGCAGCGAGCACCCGAGGCCGUGCGAGACCUGGCGCGGCGAAACGAGGACACCGAGACGAUCCAGCGCGAGCGCACGGCGAGCACUCACAUGGCGUCGCGGGAGAUGCAGCUCCUCUACCCCGAGAUCGGGACGGCGUCGGCGCUCGCGCAGCCGGGCGGCUUUCGGCGCGCGCACCUCGCCGAGAGGCAGGCCGCCGUCGCGGGCGUCGGGGCGGUGGCUUACGCGGAGACGAGGCUGGAGAGCAAGCAGCCCGCGGCCCCGCUCCACGUGAGCGGGAUGCUCAAGGACGCCUUCUCGCCCGCCACACCGGGUGAGCACUGGGUCGGGCCGUACAGCGGCGCAGAGGCCAAGCGCGAGCCCUGGUCGCCUGCGACAACGCCCCGGGCGCUGCAACCGACGGCGCAAGCGUCGGCGGCGAAGCUGGCGGCGGCGACGAAGCCGACGGGCGGCAAGCUGCUGGGCGUGCUUCUCGCCAUCGUGGCCGGCGCCCUGUGCGGCGUCAACGCCGUGCCCUUUGACCUCUGGAACGCCCAGCGCGGCCCAGACACGCGGCCGAUGGCGUUCCUCUUCUCGCAGACGCUCGGCACCUGGGCCACCGCCUCGGUCAUCUACCACCUCGUCGGCGCCUGGGCCAUCUGCACCGGCACGUCGGUCCCAAACGCCGCGAUCCGCCCCGCGUACCUCUCGGGCAUGAUGUGGGCCGUCGGCGAGUCGGCGCAGUUCGUCUCGCUCGACGCGCUCGGCAUGUCGCAGGGGUACGUCUUUGGCGCGAUCGGGCCGGUCAUGCUUUCGUCGGUGAUCUCGUGCGUCUGCUUCAACGAGAUCCGCGGGCGGAGGAACUUGCUCGGCUUCGGGCUCGCCCUCGCCCUCCAGGUGGCGGGCGUGGUGAUGCUCGCCGUCGGGAGCGGCGCCAGUGCGGGGGGCGAGGCCGAGGUGGGGAGCGGGAUGGAGGAGUGA